AACGAUUUCUCUCUCUUCUUUCUUUCUUUCAUUCUUUCAUUGUAGCCUGUCAUUUUGAUCGAUUUCUCUCUCUAUCUCUCUAUCGCUCAACGGAUCCCAGAGAAAGAGAGAGAAACAAGGUGUGGAAACCACGUAAUCCCUUUCUCAACAACAAAUUUUUUUUUUUUUUUUUGGUUUUUGGUUUUGAGAGGGAGAGAGAGAUCUGAGUGAGCGUUAAAAAUGGGGACGCUACAGACUUGGAGAAAAGCCUAUGGCGCCCUCAAAGACAGCACCAAAGUCGGCCUCGCCCAUGUCAACAGCGACUACGCGGAUUUGGAUGUGGCCAUAGUGAAAGCUACCAACCACGUCGAGGUUCCGCCCAAAGAAAGACAUCUUCGAAAGAUUCUGAGUGCCACGACAACGAUUCGGCCCCGUGCCGAUGUUGCUUACUGCAUUCAUGCGCUUUCCCGGCGAUUGGCCAAGACCCGCAAUUGGACGGUGGCAUUAAAAACACUGAUAGUCAUCCAUAGGUUAUUGAGGGAGGGAGAUCCUACUUUCAGAGAAGAACUUCUGAAUUUUUCACAGAGAGGACGCAUUCUCCAGCUUUCUAAUUUCAAGGAUGAUUCAAGUCCAAUUGCUUGGGAUUGCUCUGGCUGGGUACGUACUUAUGCGCUGUUUUUGGAGGAACGACUUGAAUGUUUUAGGAUUCUUAAGUAUGAUAUUGAAGCCGAACGUCUACCCAGACCUUCCCAAGGACCGGAGAAGGGAUACAGCAGAACCAGGGAUUUGGACAGUGAAGAACUGUUGGAGCAAUUACCAUAUUUGCAGCAGCUGCUCUAUCGUCUUUUUGGUUGCAAGCCAGAAGGAGCAGCUUUUGGUAAUUAUGUUAUACAAUAUGCCCUGGCUCUGGUACUGAAAGAGAGUUUUAAAAUUUACUGCGCUGUUAAUGAUGGGAUCAUCAAUCUUGUUGAUAAGUUUUUUGAGAUGCCGAAACAUGAAGCUGUCAAAGCCCUUGAGAUCUAUAGACGAGCUGGCCAGCAGGCUGGGAGCCUUUCUGAAUUUUAUGAUACUUGCAAAGGAUUGGAACUUGCUAGGAACUUCCAAUUUCCUGUUCUUAGAGAGCCUCCACAAUCCUUCCUUACGACCAUGGAAGAGUAUAUAAGAGAGGCACCCCGAGUGGUUAAUGUUCCAACUGAGCCAUUGCUUCAAUUGACAUACAGACCAGAAGAAGGCCCUUCUGAAGAGACAAAAAUAUCCAGUGAUGAACUGGAGCCACCAGCUUCAGAUAAUGCUGCUGUAUCUAAUGUCGAGAUUACUCCUACUCCUCCUCCUCCUCCUCCUUCUCCUCCUCCUCAAAACAACCUGGAGACUGGAGAUUUGCUGGGAUUGGAUUAUAGUGCUGCCGAUGCGUCUGCAAUUGAAGACAGAAAUGCUUUGGCUCUAGCCAUAGUUCCAUCAGAACCCGGUGCUGUCCCAACAUUUCAGUCUAAUGGUGUACAAGCAAAAGAUUUUGAUCCUACUGGAUGGGAACUUGCCCUGGUAACCACUCCCAGUAGCAACAUUUCAUCAGUUAAUGACAGACAACUGGCUGGUGGAUUGGACUCGCUCACUCUUAAUAGUUUGUACGACGAAGGGGCAUAUAGAGCUGCACAGCAGCCUGUUUAUGGAGCACCAGCCCCAAAUCCAUUUGAGGUACAUGAUCCAUUUGCUUUAUCAAGUGGUGUUGUUGCACCUCCUGUUCAGAUGCCGGGAAUGGCUCAACAGCAGGCGAACCCCUUCAGUCCUUAUCAACCUGCAGGUCCAUACCAACCUACUGGUCCAUACCAACCUACCUUCCAGCAGCAGCCACAACAACAUAUGAUGGCCCCGACAAAUCCUUUCGGUGAUACAGCAUUUGGUGCAUUUCCUGCAAACCCCGUUGCUCACCCACAAACUAAUAAUCCAUUUGGAAGCACAGGCCUGCUGUAAAGGCAAUGUUUGAACAUCCAAAAAAUGUAAUUUAGUAAACUGAAAUUGGGUUUGUAUUUGGAAAUGAGGGAAGCAGUCUGGGUUAGGGAGGUUUGAUCCACAGGAGAGAGGGUUUUGGCAUAUGAAGGUAUGUUUGGGUUGUAAAAGUCAGCGAGUGAAUAGCACAUAUCUAAUAAUUAGUUUAUGUGUUUUGAGAUUUUUUGGAGUAAUUUUGAAAAUAUAUUGUCUA